GGCAACAUUCACGAUAAAAUUCUUCAAAACAAAACGUGCGCCGAUAGCAACGCUCAUUGAUCAAAUAAUUUAAAAGUUCUAAAAAAAAUAGCAAUCUUCAUUAUAAUCCAAUCCUCUCCUAUAUUUUACGGAGUUCAUAGCACAGGCUUAUACCGCCUCAUACCUAUAAAAAUCAGCAUGUCGUACGAAAAUUGGCUCAACUAUUUACGGAGCGCUGAAAAGAAUUCUAUGAUCAGUGGUCGAUGUCGCAAAGUUUUCUACAAAUUCCCUGAUGGCCAGCAAAUGGCUGAAGAAUACAGCAUGGAUACAGGUAUCGUACAGCGAAGAGCAUGGCGUAAGUGUAAACAACUUAUGGGGGAACCAGAAUGGGAAAUUGAAUUGGGCGAAACACCGCGACAAAUUAACCAAUGUGCAGGUGGCGGCGAUGCAGACAACUCUGCUAUCGCUAAUGAUUUCACCUUAACGGAAAGUAAUUCUGCCCCAAUGUUAACUAAACGCAUCACAAAGAAAAAUAUAGAGUGGCGUAUACGUAAUUUGCCAUAUCCCAUUGAGGUUUAUCAAGUGAGUGCAGAUGCAGAAAAACGGGCAAUCAUUGUGCGGACCAUAAACAAAAAGUAUUAUAAAGUAAUCACUGUCCCCGAACUGGAUCGAUGCAACUUGCUACCUUCUCAAGAAAACAUUUCUACGCACCAUCAGUACAACACUUUAAUUAUAACAUAUAGUAAGCCAGCAUUAUUGAAUGAAAUGGAGGCAGAGGUAUUAAUAUUAUUGAAAGAAGUCGAAACGGAAACGGAUAUGGAGGAUUUGCUGCAGGGGCUAUUAGCAAAAUAAAAACACUUUGUAUUGUAAUAUGUAUACUACACUGAAACUUAUACAUAAAUUUAUUUAAUACACGUACUGCAGUUAA